GCCUGCUGGACGCGGGUUCUGGCGCUGGACCGAGGCCGCCGUCUGCCCCGCUCCGAGCGCCGCCGCGGCACCAUGGCCUCCUCUGAGGUGGCGCGGCAUCAGCACUUUCAGUCUCACAUGGCAGCGAAAACAGCUUGCAUGCCCUCCCAAGGAUCUGAUGAGGAGCAGAGAAAAAGAGAAAAUGUUCGUUCCUUGACUAUGUCUGGCCAUGUUGGUUUUGAGAGUUUGCCUGAUCAGCUGGUCAAUAGAUCCAUUCAGCAAGGCUUCUGUUUUAAUAUUCUGUGCGUGGGGGAGACUGGAAUUGGAAAAUCAACACUGAUUGACACAUUGUUUAAUACUAAUUUUGAAGACUGUGAAUCCUCCCAUUUUUACCCACAUGUUAAACUUAAGGCUCAGACGUAUGAACUCCAGGAAAGUAAUGUUCGAUUGAAAUUGACCAUUGUGAAUACGGUGGGAUUCGGUGACCAAAUAAAUAAAGAAGAGAGCUACCAACCAAUAGUUGACUACAUAGAUGCUCAAUUUGAAGCCUAUCUCCAAGAAGAACUGAAAAUUAAGCGCUCUCUCUUCAACUACCAUGACUCGCGCAUCCAUGUGUGCCUCUACUUCAUCUCUCCCACGGGCCACUCACUAAAGACACUUGACCUCUUAACCAUGAAGAACCUAGACAGCAAGGUGAACAUUAUACCAGUGAUUGCCAAAGCAGAUGCAAUUUCUAAAACUGAAUUGCAGAAGUUUAAGAUCAAGCUCAUGAGUGAACUGGUCAGCAAUGGCGUCCAGAUAUACCAGUUCCCAACAGAUGACGACACCAUCGCCAAAGUCAACACUGCAAUGAAUGGACAUUUGCCUUUUGCUGUCGUAGGAAGUAUGGACGAGGUAAAAGUCGGCAAUAAGAUGGUCAAAGCUCGCCAGUACCCCUGGGGCAUUGUGCAAGUGGAAAACGAGAACCACUGCGACUUUGUCAAGCUGCGGGAAAUGCUCAUCUGUACAAACAUGGAGGACCUGCGGGAGCAGACGCACAGCCGGCACUACGAGCUGUACCGGCGCUGCAAGCUGGAGGAGAUGGGCUUUACCGAUGUCGGCCCCGAGAACAAGCCCGUCAGUCUUCAGGAGACCUAUGAAGCCAAAAGACACGAGUUGCAUGGUGAGCGCCAGAGGAAGGAAGAGGAGAUGAAGCAGAUGUUUGUGCAGCGAGUGAAGGAGAAAGAGGCCAUACUGAAAGAGGCUGAGAAGGAGCUGCAGGCCAAAUUCGAGCACCUUAAAAGAGUUCACCAAGAGGAGAGAAUGAAGCUGGAAGAGAAGAGAAGGUUGCUGGAAGAGGAAAUAAUCGCUUUCUCAAAGAGGAAAGCCACCUCCGAGAUUUACCAGAACCAGUCCUUUGUGGCGUCGGGUGGCAACCUGAAGAAAGACAAGGACCGAAAGAAGGAACCAGGCUAUCGAUUCGAACUCCUGUGCUUUGAUGUCAGAGCUUGUGAAACCAAUGGUGGACGUAAAGAUGCAGAGGAAGCUCCAAUUUUAUGUAACACAGAAGUUGCAGAGCACAGAAGAUCUUCACAAGCCUAAGUCAUUAAAAGUUACCAGCAUGCUUCGCUGUUCUUGCUGUUUUUAUUUGCUGUGUCAUUCUCUUGCUGGCAGAUGGCCACCAUUAUCUGACGUUUAUGGAAAAGUGCCUUCGGGGUAAGGUCGAUAUAUAAGGAGGUCAAAAGAAAAGCCGCAGUGGAGGAUUCCUGACACUGUCACCGUUGUUAGAAAUUUCUGGGUUGCUUUUUGUAGUGGAUCUAGAUCUCUUCUCCUGCUGCCAGCUUCCUGUCACUCUGCAGUGCAGUACACCAAAGAGCAGUCUCAGUGCCGUUAAAACAGAACUCAUUCACGCUGUGGAUGUCCAGUUAUGUUAUAGUGCAAGAUGAGCUGGGUUUUUGUGUAUAUACUAGAUGAAAAAUUCUGAGAAUAUAUUUCAGAAUGUACUAUAGAGCUAAAAUUCUAACCUCAGUAGUUUUAUAGGACUUUUUGAAUUUUUGAUAGUUACCCAGUUGUUACUGUCCUGAGCUUCUUGUCAGAUGGUAUGAGGUGGUGACCAUGAGCGCUGUAGGAUGCCUGACUGUGCAUCAGUGUAUUGACACAGUAUGCUUGAACGUGGAAACACUGCCUUGCCUAGCCCUGUCACCUGGUGGCAAAGUGCCUUUGAGCGUGAGUGCGUCACACACUCUUUCAUUAGGAUGUGUUGUGUGCCUGUUAAACAUGGUCUUCCAGGAGAAGAAUAAUAAGGUCAAAUUAUCUUAUUAAAAUAACUUUUUUAAGAAAAUAGCUAUAAACAUCCGAAUAUUAAAGAUAUAAAAAUUUAGAUGUUAUAUCUCAAGGAUAUUUGCCUUCAUUGCCUUUGUAGAAUUCUCAGAAUGUUUGAAUGGUUACUAACUUUUUUGAACAGUCAUAUACGUAUAUAGAUUUUCAUUUUUUUGUUCUUGAAUAUUCUAAGUGAAACUGACAUCUCUUGACAAAUAUAUCUACGCAUUUACUAAAAUGUGUUAAAAUUUAACUUUUCCUUUUGUGAACUGUCAUCUUCAGUAUUUUACCGACCUUGCUUCAUUUAACUAUAUGUUUAGAUUAUGUUAAGCGUGCAGAGGUAUUUUACCAAUAUUUGCAGAAAAAGAUUUUGCUUAGUUUAUGUGAGAUUCUGAGCAGUGCUUCUUUUCUUGUUUUCAUGAAGUUGUAAAAAUUGUAAAUAAAGACUUGCAUUUCAUCCACAGUUUAUCUGAACAGACACUUGAAAUUCCAGGUUUGCAUCUGAAAUUCAGAGCAGGGAAACAGUGGGUGCCGGCUCAAGUUCUUGGGUCCCUGCCACCCAUGUGGGAGACCCAGAAUUCCAGGUUUCUGGUUUUGGCCUGACACGGUCUUAGGUAUUGUGGGCAUCUGGGGAGUGAAGCAGCAGAGUGAAGAUCUCUGUCCAUCUCUGUCUCUGCCUUUCAGAUAAAUAAAACUUAAACACAUUGCUUAAAAAAAAGACCAACUCCCUAACAUAUUACAAAUGACUAUUUAGGUUAGAAAAUGAGGUAUUAGCCACUGAUGCUUGCAUUUAUACAUUUUCUGGAAACAAAGCUAGUCAUGUUUUGUUCAAAUUUUUUUUCCAUUAAGCUUGUAAAAGAGAAUUGUCUCUAACAGCCAUGCAUCUGUAUAUAUGUAUGAUAAAAAACUGUUUCACAUAGACUGUGGUUUGAAUUUCAAAACAACACAAAUGAUAAGGCAUUUCAGGGAUUAUUAUUCUUAUCCCUGUUUUGUAAAUUUACUCAGUUUGGGUUCCAUUCUCAUAUUGGUUCAGGCAUGGGGAGUGUCACACAGUGAAGCCCUCCCAGCUGACCUUAGAGCUCAGCACUUAGAACAGCAUUUUUCCACCUCUGAAAUGAUUGCAGUGGAGUUGCUGUUUGGGGGAACAGGUUUUUUUGUUUGUCUUCUGUGUAGACUUACCCCCAUGUAAAUGCCUUUUGGGGUUCCCUUUAACUUGUGGCUAUGACUUGAGCCUUGGUUGCCCAAUCAUAAAUGCUUUCAUUUCUUCACAGCCAGUCAGGAGAAAUCAGGUUCCUGCACUGAUUUUGAAAAUACAAGAUUUUGGGCCGGCGCCGCAGCUCAAUAGGCUAAUCCUCCGCCUAGUGGCGCCGGCACACCAGGUUCUAGUCCCUGUCGAGGCACCGGAUUCUGUCCCGGUUGCGCCUCUUCCAGGCCAGCUCUCUGCUGUGGCCCGGGAGUGCAGAGGAGGAUGGCCCAAGUGCUUGGGCCCUGCACCCCAUGGGAGACCAGGAGAAGCACCUGGCUCCUGCCAUCGGAUCAGCGCGGUGCGCCGGCCAUUGGAGGGUGAACCAACGGCAAAAGGAAGACCUUUCUCUCUGUCUCUCUCUCACUGUCCACUCUGCCUGUCAAAAAAAAAAAUUUUUUUUUUUAAAUAAAGAAAAUACAAGAUUUUGAAAACCACUGACCAUUCUGUCAUGAUGAGGUGGUGGGAAAGGGAGGGAGCUUACUGCUCUAGUCUAGGGGAAGACAGUUUAAAGAAAGUGGAGAGUGUACUCUCAGGGAAGAGUUAGGGAGAAGACCCGAGGAAACUCCAUGCCAACUAGAGGGACACUGUGGAGGGUGUGGAGGGUGUGGAUGCACACAGCUCAGCUGCCAGAAGCCGCAGCACCGGUUUUGGAGGGGGAGGAGCUGACACUGCUGCAGCAGCCCAAGCCACUGGCGAUGAAGCUGCAGGACCAGCCUGGCCUGAGUCUGGCUUGGAGCCCUGUGGGGGACUGUACCUGCCAACCUAGGGGGAGAAAAAAGGGAGGGCAUGUUUCUGUCUGCCCAGCCACCUGGCACUGGUGUCCUGUAACCAGCGCGGAGAGGGCAGGCACCAUUUUGCACAUACAUAACAGCUGUGCCAGCUCAUGUCCACGCACCCAGCAACCAGCCGAGAGGAGAUGCCCGAGUCUGGCUGGGAGAAUGGACAGGGGCCUGGGAGGCUUGUGCUGAGACUGAAAACUGGCUGUGCGGGAGGGCACACGGUGGGGCUGGAACCUUGGGUAGUCACUGUGGGCAGCUCACACGUGGGCUCCCUGGUUCCAUGGUGAAGGUCAUUGCUGUGCUCACAGUGAGGACGAUAUGGAUCCUCUAUGUGGGUCUUGUCACAAUGUGGACAAAUAUUGUACCCACUGGGGCUAUAACCCAGACAUUGGUCUUCUUGGAGGAGAGCAGGUGAGCAUGAGACUCAUUUGUGGAGAUACUUUUUUUUUACAUUGUGAUGGCUUUUAUUUUUUUUUUUUAAAGAUUUAUUUAUUUACUUGAAAGUCACAGUUACACAGAGAGAGGAGAGGCAGAGAAAGAGAGGUCCUCCAUCUGCUGGUUCACUCCCCAGUUGGUGGCCAUGGCCGAAGCUGCACUGAUCCAAAGCAAGGAGCCAGGAGCCUUUUCCAGGUCUCCCACGUUGGUGCAGGGGCCCAAAGACCUGGGCCAUCUCCAAUACCUUCCCAGGCCACAGCAGAGAGCUGCAUUGGAAGCAAAGCAGCCGAGAUUUGAACUGGCGCCCAUAUAGGAUGCUGGCACCACAGGCGGUGGCUGUACCCACCACGCACAGCUCCCUCCCCAGUGGCUUUUAUCUUUGGACUACAACAAGAUACCCCUAAAAGAGCACAACACUUCAGUACUAGAAUGUGAAGGUGAAGAGAUUGGAGAGAUGCCAGAAACGGAAUACAAAAAGCAAUCAGAAGUAAAUCUAAGAACAAAGGAAAUUUGCACAUGACAUGAAUGAAAAAUUUUCCCAUGAAAUUGGAAUUUUAAGAGAAAUGAAAAAAAUUCUGGAAAUGAAGGAUUCAGUAGCCUCCUGGCCAGAUUUCCCACGUGGGUGCAGGGGCCCAAGGAUUUGGACCAUCCUCCACUUGCUUUCCCAGGCCAUUGCAGAGAGCUGGAUCAGAAGUGGAGCAGCCGGGACUCAAACCGGCACCCAUGUGGGAUGGCAGCACUGCAGGCCGUGGCUUUGCCUGCUCCACCACAAUGCCGGCCCACAAUGGCUUAUUACAGUUUUGGAAGUCAGAAGGCUGACGUGGAUCUCUGUGGGCUAAAAUCAAGGUUAAUAGACCUCUCUGUUCCUCUGGAGGCCCCCAGGGAGAAUCCAGGUCCUGAACAUUUCCAGCCCACAGAGACUGCCUGCAUCUCUGGGCUCAAGACUCUUCCCCAUCUCCACAAUCAGCAAGGUGGGCCGCAUCCCCUGUUGCGUCAGUCUGACCUCCCACUCGACCUCCCUGCUUUCCUUUCAGAGACCCUGGGAGGCAGCAGGUGAUGGCUCAGGUAGAUGGAUCUGUGCCACCCACGUGGAAAACCUGCACUCAGUCCCCAGCUCCUGGCAUCAUUACAUCGGGCCCUCCAGGGUGAUCUCCCUGACAACCUGAAUUCUCCAUUCGCAGGAUCAGAGAUCCAGAUCAGGGGAACCUGCGCCUACUAAAAUACCAGCAGCCCAGCAGCUCCGGGCAUAGAAGUGUAUUCAAGAGAAACAAAAACGUGGCUGUACAAGGACCGAUGGAAACAUUUACAGCAGCUUUUUUCAUCAUCUGCAAACCCCAAACCAACCCAACUGACCAUUAGCUGGUGAGCAGAUAAGCAGUUGUGUUUCAUCUGUGCAAUGACAAGGAGCAAACCAGUAUGUGCAAGGAACAUGCAAAAUACACGCAUGUUGAGUCCCCCAUACACGCCAAGUGACAUCUGCAUGGCUCCUUAUGUGACAUAACAAAAUUGCAGGGACAGAAAGCAGUUGUGUGGAUGCUGGGUGUGCUAGUUGGGUUGAAAGUGCACAAUGAACCUUUUGGAGUUGGGGUGGGGGGAAGGGAGUCCUUACCAUCAUGGUGGUCAUGUGACCACAUGGAGCUGUAAAAACCUGUGGAGGGACCAGCACUGUGGCAUAAUGGGUAAAGCUGCCACCUGCACUGGCUGGCAUCCCAUAUGGGCACCGGUUCAAGUCUCAGCUGCUCCACUUUCAAUCCAGGUCUCUGCUAUGGCCUGGGAUAGCAGUGGAAGAUGGUCUGAGUCCAUGGGCCCCUGAAUCUGCAUGGGAGACCCGGAUGCAGCUCCUGGCCCCUGGCUUCGGAUCGGCGCAGGUCUGGCCAUUGUGACCAAUUGGAGAGUGAACCAACGGGUGGAAGACCUCUUUCUCUCUCUCUCUCUCUGCCUCUCCUUCUC